CCUGCCUCAAGAGCGUCCUGCUCACCUACACCUUCGUCUUCUGGGUGUCAGGCAUCGUGCUGCUGGCCGUGGGCGUCUGGGGCAGGGUGAGCCUGGCCGUCUACUUCUCCCUGCUGGACGAGAAGGCCACCAACGUCCCCUUCGUCCUGGUGGGUGCCGGCACCGUCGUCGUCCUCCUGGGCACCUUCGGCUGCUUUGCCACCUGCCGCGGCAGCACCUGGAUGCUCAAGCUGUACGCCAUGCUCCUGUCCCUCAUCUUCCUCAUCGUCCUGGUGGCUGCCGUCGUGGGGUUCGUCUUCAGGCAUGAGAUUAAGACAAACUUUGAGAGUAACCUCAACCUGGCCUUGAGGGACUACAACGUGACCGCGGAUCGGCACAGCGAGGCCGUCGACACCAUCCAGAGAACCCUGCACUGCUGCGGGGUGCAGAACUACUCGGACUGGGAGAGGACCGAGUACUUCACCCAGAGGGGCAUCCCCCGGAGCUGCUGCAAGAGCCAGGACGACUGCUCGGAGGAGGAUCUGAAAGACCCGAGCAAAGCCAAGCUGAAAGUGUUUGUGGAUGGUUGUUUUUUCCUGGUAACAUCAACAAUGGAGUCAAAAAUGAGCGUUGUGGCUGGAAUCUCCUUUGGCAUCGCAUGCUUCCAGUUGGUUGGCAUCAUUCUCGCCUGCUGCCUGUCCCAGUACAUCACGAACAAUCAGUAUGAGAUGGUGUAGCUGGCCCCCAGCACGCUGUGGCUGUG